AUGAAGCGAGUCUUCGGCGCGAAGAAGAACAAGGAGCCCCCUCCGAGUAUCCAGGAUGCCUCCGAACGGGUAUUUCUCUCGUGCAUAUUUAUUUUUUGAGUUUUGUAGUUCUUAUUCUGGCGGAAAGCGGUAGGGAGAGGCUCCAUUGUCCUGCCGUCUUCAUGCAUUUUGUUUGGACUUAUCAAUGAAUUUGGGCGGUGAUGCCGCCAUUUUUCUUUAAUUUUUUCAAUUGAACCGCGAGAUUUUCUCAUACUGUGUUCGUCGUAGUCGUUCCGGGAGACGGGCGAGCGAAUUUUGACGAACGAUGAAGGUUAUGGCAUCGGUGGCGGGGAUCAUCUUCUAAUGCCUAAAAUUAUCAGAGAACUCGCUUUUUGUUCAAACUCAACGCAUCUGGUUCUCCGGAUGAGUAGAUUCGGUGGAUUAUUUUUUAAAGCUUACGGUGAACAAACAAAUCUGCUCUAGGAAGAGCAUUAUGAUGCUUAUUUCCGACGUAAAAGUGGUGUGAAAGUAUUAUAAAUUGGUGAUUCCUCUGUAGAAGGCACGUUGGCGGACUCAAUAUAUCAUUUACCAUGGAUUACAGUCGUACAAUCAGUUGGGGUUUGUCUGUGUUCUCCUGUAGAAGUUCCGACACGCAACCGUACUCAUGCGUUGAACGAUUAAUGUAACGUUCCUCUUUCCGCCCUCUUGUGUUACUUGAAAGCUACGAUCAUCUUAGAUUCGUUUUUUAUUAAAGUAUUUUUGCUACUUGCUUAAUCUUAUUUACUCUUGAAAUAGGGAUGGCAUUUGAUUUUUCUCUCCAUAGGGAAAUUCGAUUAGGUCAUGAUGAGGAAUAGAUUCCUUAGAUUCACCUAGGCUGAAGGACAUUGCAUUCUUUUGGUUUGAUAUACUGGGCGAUCUUUGUAUUGGAGAUCGACAAUUGCUUGAUCUUUCUACUCUUUCUCUUAUCUUAUAUUCAUGUACCUCUGGUUUCUGCCUAUCCCUCAUCAUUAUCUCAAGUAUUCGGAAUUUUACUUGUUGUUUUCAGUGCAAUUUGAUCGCAUAAAUUAGACCAUCUUUUUUUUCUCUGCGUGCUCGGAUAAGACUUUGUUUACUUACUAAGCUGAAGAAAAAACUAAUUACAGAUAAACAAAAGAGGUGAAAGCGUCGAUGAGAAGAUUAAGAAUCUCGAUGCUGAACUCGCUAGAUACAAAGAUCAGAUCAAGAAAACGCGCCCAGGUCCGGCACAGGAAGCUGUUAAAGCUCGAGCCAUGAGGGUUCUCAAGCAAAAGCGAAUGUUAGUGAUCCGUCAUAUUUAAUUACUUCAUUUCCCUGGAACUUUCUAUAUUUCACGCUGCAAAGUUGUGUUAUUUUGGGUCUGUGGUCCAUCAGCAAAGGCUUAUGACGCCCUCCAAAAAUUGGGUAUAUCUGAAGUAUUUUUGCUUGGAUGAAGAGCGCAUCCAUCUGGAGCUCAUAAGCCUUCCUCGCACCUCUCUCUCUCUCUCUCUCUCUCUCUCUCUCUCUCUCUCUCUCUCUCUCUGUCUCUGCUGAGCCUGUGACCCUGUAUCACGGGUCGAUCCUGCUGUGCCAACUGCCGUGUCUCUGGCAUUUGUCUCUUGAUUCUCUUCUUCUAGAUGAAUCUGAUGGUUUCUACUGAUGGAUUUUCUUUAUCCAUCAUUUGCCAUUCCAGAUAUAAUCUUUUUUUAUGUAAUCGUGAAAUCUUUACCUAGUAAGCACCAGUGAAAAUGAAAAUGGCUAGAUAUUUCCUUUUGCACUUUCACAGUUGUUGUCACUUUAAAGUUAUAAACACCCACCCAUUUUAGGACUUUAUAUUUGCCGGAGCGCUCUUGUUAGAAUUCCAUCUAUAUUUUGUUCGUUCUCCGUAUGUAAUCAAUGAUGGGUGAACAAGAGUAACUACUCUUUUUUAAUCACUUAAAAACGCUGAACUCACUUUUUCUGUGGAACCAUCAUAAAUCAUUUCUUGAUUUCCAGAUGCACAUGCCUUCUUUUGUGGCUUCCUCUUUUCUGAUGUAGCAUUUCUUUCCAGGUAUGAGGGCCAACGUGAUAUGAUUUAUAACCAGACAUUCAACCUUGACCAAGUCUCUUUUGCAGCGGAAGGACUCAAAGAUGCCCAGCAAACCGUAUGAUAUGGGUUCCCUUUUUAAUCAGGUUUUAAUCAUUGAUCUCUUGCGCUUACACACUGAACGCGAAUCCACUGUUUCAGAUGUCUGCAUUGAAGUCUGCAAACAAGGAACUGAAGGGAAUGAUGAAGACCGUGAAGAUCUCAGACAUUGAUGUAUAUUCCAUGUUUAACCUCCCCAAGUUCUUCAUGCAUCAGAAGAACUAUCACUCUGCUAUUGCUGCUCCCUCGGUCUUUAUCUAAAAUUACUUUUUCUCAAAUUUUAUGUAUGAUAGAACAUGCAAGACGAGAUGAUGGAUCUGAUGGACGUCAGCACAGAAAUCCAAGACUCGCUUGGUAGAAGCUACAAUGUGCCUGAUGACAUUGACGAGGAAGAACUCAUGGGGGGUAAGACCGGAAAUUUUGGACUAUUUGAAACAUGGCUGCAUCCAUCUCUUGUGGCUAUACUAUAUCAAACGUGAUUCUUCCUGAGAGUUUAAUAUUUCUUAUGGGUCACGAUUUCUUCCGUCCGAAUUUAUUGAUUUAUUUACUUAUUUGUUUAUCGUCGGUGACAUGAAGAGCUGGACGCAUUGGAGGCCGACAUGGGUGCUGAGACCGAAGCUGACGCUGUGCCAUCAUACCUUCAACCCGAGAGGGAGCCAGAUUUAGAAGGGGAACUCAAUCUACCAGCUGCCCCAUCCAGCCAUGCGCCAGCACAGCCCGUACAGGUAUAUUUUUCAUCAUCUUCUAGCUGAUAUCAGAUGAAUUGGGAGGUCAACAUCUCUGGUAGUUUACGAUCUUCCAACCAACUCAUUGGAUUUAACAGCCAGUGGCAUGCUGUCGAGGAAAGCUGUUCCUUUUGUUCCCCAAAGUUUCCGGCUGGUCAUCAAUGCCGAAUAGUGGCCUUGAGAUUAUCACCGAUCGAUCUUUUUGUAUUAUAUUUUAUUUAUCAGCCACCCCAUCUCUAGUGGUUUCUGAUCCUGGAACUCAUUUUGGGGUUGGAAACCGGUGGCUGAGCGUUGCUGGCAAUGUUCUUCUGUUUCUGCUUACCAAAAUUCUCAGCCAGUUAUCAUCAGUGUUGGAUUGGGAUGAUCUCACGAUGAACUUUUUUAAUCCUCUUUUUUUUUUUUUUUCUUUUUUCUGUGACAGGCGGAGGAUGAUUUUGGUCUUCCUGCUGUUCCCCGGGCAUCCAUACGCGGAUAG